AGUUCUCUUCUUCUCACAUCCUCUUUUCUCUCUCACCUUUAUAUCCUUCUUGUGUGUGCAUAAUAUAGGCAGCAUAAGUGCUAAGGUGGAGCAUGCAUGGUGAAGAAGCUUCUUCUGAAAGCCAAGACAGAAUUGCAAGUAGUGGAGGAGAAGAAGCGAAAUACUACUAGAAGUAAUACUGAUCAGAGAUUGUUUCCUUUGAGGAUUAUGGAUCACCCAAAUCUCUCUUUAGGUCCCUCCAUGUCACAGGCUGAUAGCAACAAUAGCUCCUCUUGUAAAUCAGAAGAAAAUAAUAGCAGAAAGAGGAAGCUGGCUAGCUGGGAGGAGCCCAGCACUCAUCAAUCUGGCAUAGACUUUCACAUCAAUGAUCCCCUUCCUAUGGACUGGGAGCAGUGCCUAAACCUUCAAUCUGGAAGGAUAUACUACCUAAAUAGAAAAACUCUGACUAAGAGCUGGGUGAGACCGAAAGAGCAGAACUUAGACUUGGAGCUCAAUAUCUCAACUCCUUCAACUUCAACAAGUUUCAGAAAGAGAAUCUGCCAAAACUUGGAGGAGGAGGUAAAGAAACCAAGUAGCUCUAGUAAUGGCAGCAGCAGCAUGGUUGCCAUUGUCUGCUUUAAUUGCCACCUUCUGGUAAUGCUAUACCGUUCAUCGCCCUCCUGCCCAAACUGCAAGUAUAUGCACUCACUGCCAAAGAAGAUGGAGACUGUGAAGUCCUUCGAAACCCUAAGCCUCCUUCAUUAAGUUAAGUAUCUGGUUAGUAGCUAUCUGUCGAGCUGUAAUCAAGAAUGAAAAAGCAGAAAAGGAGUGGUUGUUUAUACUAUCUAUAUAUGUAACCAUUAAAUGUAAGUGUUUUGCCGUACGUGCACUACAUGGAUGUAUUUUGCUGUGUCAAUGAAGUUGAAAUCAGACA